AUGGCUAUCCCACGAUCCCUUCUACGUGUGCGCACGCUGCUAACUGCGCUGGUCAUCGCCUCGUUCCUAACCUGGGCUUUCUCGCGCUGGCGCGCCGAUACCGCUUCUUCCUCCGACGGCACCGGCCGGCCUGCACCACUCGAUCUCACGGCCGGGCACCAGGACUUUUGGAGCACUUUCCAUGGGUAUCUUGUGAAAUAUGCACCCAAUACCACACCCAUCAUCGAGUUCACGAAAGCCCCGACCGAGGGAUUCAAGGCGAAGGAUGCUCUGCCGAGGCCGGAAUACCUGUUUGUCGAACAGGAUGAUGUUGAGAGGAUGAAGGAGGCGCAUAGGGGGUUCGUUGGAGCUAUUACUAGCGAACCACCGCAAUUGCAAUAUGUCCCUGGUACCAAGGGCGUCGUAUCGACCGCAGGCGGCUCAUACCUACCAGUGCUGGUGAUAUCACUGCGCAUGCUCCGCCGGACGGGGUCCACGCUGCCGAUGGAGGUAUUCCUCGCAGACGAGCACGAGUACGAAGAGUACGUCUGCGACGUGGUGCUGCCAUCUCUGAACGCGAAAUGUAUUGUUCUUUCGCGGAUUCUCGCCGCGGCGCCUGCGAAAAUCGAAAAGUACCAGUUCAAGCCAUUCGCUAUGCUCUUCUCGUCCUUCGAGGAGAUUCUUUUCCUCGACGCGGACGCCUUCCCGCUCGAGCAGCCGGAAGAGAUCUUCAAGAGCGAGCUAUUUCGCACUAGAGGACUGGUCACUUGGCCUGAUUUCUGGGCGUCCUCGGUCUCGCCCAUCUUCUACGAGAUCGCCGGCACGUCUGCCCCGCCCAUGAACCUACGCCAGUCCACCGAGUCUGGCGAGCUAUUCGUCUCGAAGAAAACCCACCUCCGCACCCUGCUCCUCGCCACCUACUACAACUACUGGGGCCCCUCGCACUACUACCCCCUCCUAUCACAAGGCGCCGCCGGCGAAGGCGACAAGGAAACCUUUAUCGCAGCAGCAACCGCGAUAGGCGAGCCGUUCUACCAAGUCAGCGAAUCCAUUUGCGCCCUCGGCCACCGCAAAGAAGGCGGUCUAGCCGGUUCCGCCAUGGCGCAGUUCAAUCCCAUCGAAGACUUCGAACUUACACGACAGGGCAAGUGGCGCGUCAGAGGCGACGAAGCCCCCGCGCCAGGCGUCUUCUUCAUUCACGCCAAUUUCCCCAAAUUCAACCCCGCUACUAUCUUCGAUCAGCAUGAGGUGAACCCGGCGUUUAAUGAUGAUGGGUCCUACACACGCGCGUGGACGAUUCCCGAUGAUGUUGUGGCGAGGUUCAGUGCAAAGGUUGAUGUUGAGAAGGCGUUUUGGAAGGAGAUUCUUUGGACGGCUUGUGAGCUUGAGGCUAAGUUUGUUAGUUGGGAGGGACAGGAUAUGAUUUGUGAUAAGGUUAGGCAUUACUGGCGGAGUGUUUUUGAGCAUAAGCCGUUGCCUUCUUGA